AUGAAGCAACGAAUCACAUACAUCGUCCCCAACCCAGAUGAGUUCAACCCAGAACUUCUGGAAGUUAAAGGGGACUCUAUGAGCCUGAGUAAGGUCAAAGCAGCCAAAGAACAUCGCGUCACCUUCGGCUUGAGCGAACUGCCUCAAGAGAUCUCAAAAGCAUUUGAACAACUACAUGAAUUUCAUCUGAAAUGGUCCUCAAAUGAACCCUAUGAAUCUGUGACGCCUUUCACAUCUCGGGUAUCUCCUGGCUUACACAUAUUCUACACGCCUUCGAAGGACCAUCCAGAUGCCAAUUUCUGCCCCCUUUUCAAGGAGAUAAUAGGCGACGACCUCCCAUGUGAGAACCCCAAGGAAUCAUCUAUCCAACUCCCCGUCCUCUCAGAACGCUUCUCCAUGUCCGCGUCCAACGAACUGUACUUCCACCUGCCGAAGCUCUCAGGCCUCAUCCAAUUCUUCCAGUUCCUUUGUCCCAUGUCCCCGCCAGCGUGCAAGGUCGAGACCACGAAACUUCACUCGGCAUCCUACCUGGACAUCGACUACGACGCCAUCUCGCACGCCGUCGUGCUCACCGCCUUCUGGGCCAAAUCCCCAGACGCAGCAGGCUGGACCGAAACCAUCAAGCUCCCAGGCCAGGCCGACCCCAUCGAAAUCGGCGUGCUGAACCGCGAAGCAAACCCAGACCCAGAAGACAUCCAAUACGCCGGCUUCCUCACAGUCCUCGGCCAAGACAAAAAACCCAAACCAACACUCUUCCAAGCCCCCUCCCGCCACUACCCCCUCCCCUCCCCCAACAUCAACAACCUCCCCCCUCAAACCUACACCACCACCUUCAACCAACCCACCGGCCUCCACCCAACCCUCCACCUCCACAUCACCAACCCCUCGCCCCCGGACCCAACCUGCAAACUCCACACCCACCUCACCCUCCCCUCCCACCUCUUCAUCGACAAAUACCAAUUCACCGACCCCCUCGCCCUGCAAUCCCACAACCUCACAUCCCUGCGCUCCAUCGCCGGCGCCACCGACCUCGAAGCCCCCGAUUGGGUCGUGCAGCAAUGGGGUUCCGCCGCUCUGUUCGAAAUCAGCAUCCCCAAAUCCCCCUCCCAUUCAUCAAACGUCGAUGUAACGAUUCCGUUGCAUGCGAGGUACCUCCCCGCCUCCUCCACAUCAUCCCACACACGCCUACCGCUCCCAUGGCCGGUGGCCUUCUGGGCGUGCGCCGCGGAGGACGGGACGAAGUUCGCCGUCAAUCCGUUCGAUCGGGUGAAUCUGGGUUAUGAGGGGCUGUUUGGGGCGAGGACGAAGUUUGUGCAUUUGAGUCCU